AUGGCCACUCCAAGGAAAUCAUUAAGUGAAAAGUUCCAGCAGGCAGCUAAAAAGAAAACUUCCAGCAAACGUCUAAGAACUCCAGAUACUCCACCAGAUGCUGGCCAGAAAGAUGAACAGAAGAUAUUCCAAGAUGAAUCAAACCCAAAACCUGGUGUGUCUGAGGUGAAGAUUGAACUGAAGAAAGAAAUUGAUGCUUCCAAGUUUUCUAUGACCGUCAAAUCACCUACUGAAUUUGAAUCAAGACGGAAUGUUUUUGAUUUUCAUGCAGUAAAAUGUUCAAAGAUUGAUAUGAAACCAAUGGCAAUAGAGAAAUUGAAGUCACCUCGAAGAAUAGUUAAAGCUCAAACACCUUUAAGGAAACUGGGAAUAUGUGAAUUUCGUCCAGCUGAUGUUUCGCAUAUGUCUUUGACAAAGUUUACCAAAAGUAAGAAUGACGAUCGACCUGUCAAAUUUCAGCUAAGCUCAGAAACAGUCAGUGAGUUGGAUGAAUCAAACUUGUCUCCUUCCCCACCAAGUGGAAAUGAAUCUGAACGUAAAUACUCAUCUUCAACCCCUAAAAGCAAGCAUGAUCAAAAUUCAUCGUCUGAACAAACACCCAAUAACAGACGAAGUAGUUUGCUACGAGAGAAUGCAUUCGAUGAAGUGGAGGACAUGUCUAUUUCUUCAUCUGAAUUUUCACCAUGUAGUACCUCAACCAGUUUAAGGCUGGAAGAUUUAAGUGAUGAAGGAAGUAUGAGUGACAGUAAACUACGAGAAAGUAUAGAGUUUAGUGAUGACAUGACAGAGAUCCACAUUCCUGAACCACAUCUACCAAUAAACAAACAAUUACGUAUCGUUACAUCUGUUGAUAGAGCUCUUCAUCCAAGAAGGAAGAGUUCUUUGGCCCGAUCUCUUGGAAGAUCGUCAUCUGAUAAUUUGGAUCACUUGGUAUUUCUGGAAUUUAUGAAGAAAUCUCAGUUGUCAUCUUUUGUGCAAUACUUCCCUUCAACGUUAACCAUGAAAGACUUCAGAUGUUUAACAGAAGAAGAUUUACAAGAUCAAUAUAAAAUAGAUGAUGCCCAGUGUCGUAAAUUAAUCUUAAAAGCAGUAGACAAGGCUAAAGAAGAAGAAGAAAGCGAUGUGGAGUACUUAGGAAGGUUUAAAGACCUAGAUAUUUGUUAA